AUGCUUAUCAGGGCAGAAUGGCACUGCGGCGGUGAUGUGCACGGAGAGCCGGAGGGCACACGCGUGCACAAACCAGAGCAAGCACACACUCGUGGAUUGCGUAUGAACUAUGGAGACUUUGUUUAUAAUGGACAUGUCAGUCAGAUUAAGAUCUGUCAGAAGAUGAGCAAAUCAGAAAAACCUCUGUCAACGCUAUGGGGGUGUGAACUAAAUGAUUCAAACAAGCAAGAGUCUUUCAAGACUGAUGACACAAAUCAUCAGCACCAGCUUGCAUUAAGAACGAUGUGCUUGGGCCAUACUGUGAAAGAUGAGUUUAACAUUGUUGAAUUAGUUUCUGGGGAGGGUGACAAUGCCAAAUGUGUACCAAUUGCAACUCUACAUGCCAAGUCAAUGCCUACAGUAAGUGAAUUCUUCCUUUUCUUCUGUUCUUCUGUUAAUGAAACCUUUGAAUUGAUAUUUCUCAUCAAUGUUGGUCAGGUCAACUUGUCUGGCUUAGACUUGCAUCCGCCUGUGACCUUUAGGCUGAAGCAUGGCUCAGGCCCUGUAUUUGUUGGUGCAGAACAUGUAGCCUUGGAAGACUAUUCAGAUGACGAAAUGGAUGAUGAGAUGGAGGAGGAGGUAGAAGAAGAGGAGGAAGAUAUUGAAGAGUCACCUGUGAAGAAAGUCAUAAAAGAUGGUGGUGGAAAAGUAAGGCCAAACUUCAAAUUACCUUAAUUUCAUUUAUUCAAGUUGCUUCAGUAUUCUGACAGCAGUCUGAAUGUUCUUUUUCAAGAGAAAGAAGCCAGAAAAGGGGGAAGAUGAGGGGUAAGCUCUAGAGCUCUUUUCUGUAUUAAAUAACAACUUUAGCAUGCUGCUUUCCCACUAAACAUCUAAAUUUGUGUGUGUAAAAUAGUGAAGCAUCCGAAGGUGAAAAUAAUCCCCCUAAAAAGGUAAGACUAAAGUGAUUUUGAUCUUACUUAUCUAAAAUUUAAGUUGACAAUUUAACAGCUGUUCUUUCCCCAGGGAAAAGGAAGGGGCAGAAAGCCAAUGGCUGCAAAGGUUUGACCAAACAGGAAGGAAUGAUGAAAUGAUACCAGCUGAACUAAUUAAUUCAAAGCAAACUAUUCUGAAGCAAUUGUAAAGCCUUUUGGGGUAUAGAUUUUGAAAUGCUUACACUUGCCUUGCAUUGCAACUAUAUCUUGGCUUUUAGUAAUAAAAUUGCAAAAGAAAAGUUUCCCAUUUGUCAGCUGGGAAGGGACUGUAUUAAAUAAACCUAUACUGUUUGUAUUGAGUGAGGUGGUUGACUUGUGUUCUUGUUUCAAAGUGCAGUGUUGGUAAUCUGAAGCAAGUUCCAUUUUUAACAUAAAGGAGUGAUUGUUGAAUUAGUUUUUUUGUUUGUGUGUGGGGUUUUUUUAAAUUAAAAAAAUAUUUAUGUACCACAACUGAGUUUGUGUUGCAUUCACUCGUUUUUAAAUUUUAGUGGAAAGAAGUGUGUAUACAUACAUGAGAUGCACCGAUGUAUCAGCUAAUAGUUUAAAAACAUCUGAUCAAGGCCGAUUUAUAUUGUCAAUCAAGAGUGUGGGGAAAACGCAUAGAUUUCGUGCUGUGUGUAAAGAUGAUAUCUCUUGUGUGGAAUGAUGACAAAUCUGUAGUUUGUAAUCUCUGCACUGCUAAAACUUUACACAGGAAGUGAGUGGCAGUGAAGUGGGAGUUUUGGCAUAGUAAAAAAAAUUUUUUUUUUUUUUUUUUUUUUUUCUCUCUCUCUCUUUCCCCGGCACUUCCCCUCACCCUCGCACUGAAUUAAAGUGCCAGUACCCCCUUGAAAGAUUUAAAUGAAGAUGGGUUGACAAAGUAUAUAUUACACAGAAAUAUUUGUAGAGUAGUAUAUUUCAUAUCCAAUUAAUAAAUAUAAGUUUAUAUAUUACCAGUUUGAGGUUCAAUGAAGUAGAAAUGCUUUUGUUUGUGGUGAGUGAAUGUGAGCCUACCAGGAGGGGUUUUUUGUUUUUUUUAGAAUAAAGCAAUCUUACUUUAACACAUUAAAUUCUGAAGGUUAAUGUUUAAUUUGAGUAAUGUGUUUUCUGUUUGAGACCAGUUACUGUGAAACAACUUGUUGAAAUGGAGAGUAGUUUUAUUAGCAUUUCUUUGAGUUAUUUUAAAUUCAUUAUUAAUUUAUGAGAAGGCAUGAAAGGCAGAACUAUCGGUAUCAUGCUGGAUAAUUGGUUAUCUGUAUCAGCUGAGAAAUUUAGUAUUGGUGCAUCUCCUAAUAUAAAUAUAUGUAUGUCUAUAUAAAAUUGUGCGUGUGUUUUUAAACAUGAAUAAAAAUAAAGGUUAGUUUUGGGCCUGACCAAUAUAUGUAUCAGUAAUUACUGCUAAUGUGGAUAACUACCAUGAGUGUUGCUGUAAAAGACAAUAUGGAAACUGAACAACUGUAAGGUUUCCAAAUGCUGCAAUUUAAGAAUUCCUUUUUUUUUUUUUUUUUUUUUUUUUUUUUUUUGGUCAAUGCUAAUCCAAAAUCUGCCAUGGCUUAUCU